GUGCAUAGACCGAGAGAGAACAGGCGUCGUUUUCUCACUUUAGUUCGAAACGUCGAAGUGUGCGGAUGUACUUUUGAAUUGGGCUUGAUUUUGGUGCGCGUACAAGCGUCUCUUUCGGAAGCGGUGGUGAACAAUAAAAGUGCUUUUUGGAUGUAUUUCUUGUGAAAAGAAGUUUUUUGCGAAUUGUGUUACAUGAUUACAACAGUGGAAAAAGGGUUGUUUGUGCCUUUGAGUAAAGUGCAUCGAGUAUACACACACAUAAAAAUCUGCUGUGCUGAAGAAUUCCAACAAAUAGCUUCACAGUCGUGAAGAGCAACAAGUUACGACGGUGCAGUAAGAAGAAGAAGUGUUUCAGAACGCAACAGCCAGUACCAAGCGGAAGAAAGCGUCCUGCAAACCAGCGAAUGAAUUAAAGGAAAUUAAUAGAAGAAAAAGUAAAAAAGGGCAUAAUCUAAUGCAAUAUAUGACGAAUGUUGCGCUGGUGUGAUCAUACAAGUGCCCUUUAUUUGGUAGUGCGCUGUGUUGAGUGUUGAUUAACACGAUCUUUUUCGCCUUUUCGCACGCGCUUUGUGAAGGUGGUUCUGGAAGAAGGUUUUAGUGUUUGUACACACGCGCAUAUACAAAUAAAUACACGUACGUAAUAAAAAGUGCCCCCCUGCAAGAAGCAUGCGAAAGUGCAAGCUUCCGUAUGCAACUAUCAAACGACCACGACACAACGACACCAGCGAAAAAAGUGCAACGAGUGCAACAGAAAAGUGCAUUUAAGGAGAGAAAAAAAACCGCGUUAGAAAAAAGUGAAAAAGAAUAUUACCAACUUGUGGAAGCAAUCAAUUGUGCAGUAAAAGUGUAUGCGUAAAAAUAUACGAUCUAAUUAGAUUUUUUGUCGGUGCAUAAGGAAAGGAAAAGCGAAAGAAAUAAACGCACAGCGUGCCUUUUUUGACGUGUCCAUUGAAAGCCUGCUGGUUCGGCGUUAUAUAUCCCGGAUAUAAUAAAAGUGCCCGCGAUCCAUUCUCCCUUCCUCGUUGUGCGCGAAGGUUAGAAGAGGACAGCAAAUCUGGCUCUGUUCUGUGUUCCGGUGAAGCAGCGCUUAUCGUCGGAUUCUUCGGAUGUUGUGAAUGUAAGUCGCCAGUACACUUUGCAUGUAUCAUAGAACCAGAGCUUCCUCCGUCCAUUAUCCGAUCGCUAAGAAGACCAAGGACUCUAGCAAUGGGAUGAUAAAUCUGGCGGAGGUUGGAGGACCACCACCUCAUAUCAACGGCGGACCAGCUGUAGCUGGGUUACCACAUAUGAUGCCAACACCGGUUGUUGCCGGUGCCGGUAUCGCCAUGAUGGGUCAACAUCAUCAACAGCAACAACAACAGCAGCAACAGCAACAGUCUCAUCCACAGCAACGUCUUGUUGGUGGUGCACCCCAUCAGUUGCCUCCGUCGGGUAUGCAUCAUCCACAUGGACCUCCACCACCACCACCAGGAGUCGGAAUGGGUGGACCACCACCACCACCACCGCAUCAUCUAACACCGGCCGGAGGAGCACCACAGAAUCGACCUUCGGCACGUGAACGAGCGAUGCAUGCCGUUGAGUACUACAAAAGCAAUGUCCGGCGAGCGCGCGUUGAUGCCGGUUUAGCUCGGAAUUCUCUUCACGAGCGUUACUCAUACGUCCAGCGGCAGAUGGCGACAGUGGGUAACGGUAAUGGUGUGGUCGGUACAAAGCUAUCCCCUCACGGACACACAGAUCAUCUCUAUCGAAGCAAUUCGAGUCUGGAGUUGAUUCACGAUCACGGUGCUGGCGGUAUACCGGAUCAUCUGCAUCCGGGCGGGGGAACGAAUCUAAGGCGCGAGUACGGUAGCCACGGUUCAAUCGAUGUGAUCUCAUCCGACAGACAUCCACACCAUCACCACCAUCAUCAGGGUCAGGUCGGUGCACCGAGUGCAGGUGAAAGCUUCCUCACGAUGCUGCAAGAGUAUCAACCGUUCGGGCUGGAUGGGUCCUCACUGCUGUAUUCGCUGAACAAACAUCACACAGGACAUGCACAUGGAGCUGGUGGAAGUGGUGGUACUGCUGCUUCUACGAAUCCUAUUGCCCUUACCGGGGAUGAUGUAGUUGACCGGGGAGGAAACGCAAGUCCGAAAUUGAGGAACAAAUUUCACCGGCUCUGGGGUUCUAGUACAGCGGCAGGUGCAGCUGGAAGCAAUGGAUCUGCGAACGGGAAGCAAUCUAGGCAGGUGGCAAAUGGAGGAGCCCCCACCACGGCAGCCUCUCUGGACGACAGUCAGUUGUGUGUGGCAUUGAACGUGAGUACGAGCUCAACGACAACAACCGUUUCCUCGGCGGACAUUGAAGAGCGGCAGCGACGUCGAGCAUUUGCUCAUUUCGAUUGUCGCUCGCUUACGGCCAACUUGGGAUAUGCGGCCAAGUUGCGAGGAUUUUUACUGGAACGCCGGCGCAAUACGACAACUGGUGCAUCAGCAGCGGCUACGUAUGGCACACGAUCAUCUACCCCGGAUGGGGAUAGUGUAGACGAGGACUACGGUGAUGGGCAACAGAACGAACUGCUGGAGAACUGUCCCUUCUUCCGCAAUGAGAUUGGUGGUGAGGAGGAGCGUGAGGUCAGUCUUACAAGAAUGGCGUCUUCGACGACAUCAUCGUCGGGUGCCGGAGGGGCAGCAAGCGGACAGCAACGGCGACCUAUCCACCGACCAGCACUUGCGUACGGAGUGUCCGUGCUAGAGUGUGGCGCCAACGAUACACUGUGGAAGGGAUACACCUGUCCGUACCAGAAAGGACCCCGUCCGAUCGAGCAGAUUGACAAUGGGGCGCUUUAUUACCGACAGCACUUCUUCGGCCAGGAUCACCAGAACUGGUUCGGUAUGGACGAACAUCUCGGACCGGUCGCGAUUUCGAUUAAGCGAGAAAAGAUUAACCCUACACCGGUGCAGACGCUCGCGUUACACGGCUCGGACGUCGCACCAACGACAACGCACCCGGCCGAGCAGUAUCUGUAUCGGUUGAUAGUGCGUACCUCGGAGCUUCUAACGUUGCGCGGUUCGGUUAUCGAAGAUUCGAUCCCGAAUGCGCGCGGUGCCGGCAAGCACGCUAAUACCAAAGAGAUUCUGGAGUAUGUUGCGCCGGAAGUACAAAUCGGUUGCCUUCGGUUGGCAGUCACCACGCCCCAGUGUGAGCAACAGUUGCUGAAGCUUGACGAGCAGGGGCUCACGAACAAGUACAAGGUGGGUAUUCUAUACUGCCGGGCUGGGCAAUCGUCCGAAGAGGAUAUGUACAACAACGAGGAGGCUGGUCCAGCGUUUAACGAGUUCCUUGACACCAUUGGACGACGCGUUCGGUUGAAGGGCUUUGAGCACUAUAAGGCGGGCCUGGACAAUAAAACCGACUCUACAGGAACUCAUUCGCUGUACGCAACGCAGCAGGAUUGUGAGAUUAUGUUCCACGUAUCGACGAUGCUGCCGUUUACGCCGAACAAUCGGCAACAGUUGCUCCGCAAGCGUCACAUCGGCAAUGACAUUGUGACGAUCGUGUUCCAGGAACCGGGCGCACUUCCGUUCACGCCCAAAAACAUUCGCAGCCAGUUCCAGCAUGUGUUUGUGAUUGUGCGCGCAGUAAACCCGUGCAGUGAUCAUACCCAGUACCGUGUGGCAGUAUCACGCUCCAAGGAUGUGCCCGUGUUUGGUCCCCCUGUACGGGCCGGUUCGCAUUAUCCACGUGGAAAACAGUUUGCCGACUUCCUGCUGUCGAAGGUGAUCAACGCAGAGAAUGCGGCACAUCGAUCGGUGAAAUUUGCGAUGAUGGCGAUCCGGACGCGCCAAGAGUACCUAAAGGAUUUGGCCACCAACUACAGCACGGCAACGGUGGUUGAAACGGGACAGCGGUUUUCGAUCUUCCCGAGCAAAAAGCGUGAACGUCCGACGAAACCACGUUUCUCGGGCGAUCUAUCACAGCGGGGUGCAUUCUGUUGGCAGGUGGUGUUGCAUGAUAGUGGCCAAUCCACACAUGUCGAUUGCUUCCUCGGCAUUUCGGCAGAAACGUUCGUACUGAUUGAGGAGUGUACGCGUCAGAUCAUCUUUGUGACGCCUUGCCGGGCAAUUCUCGGAUGGUCAACGAGCCAGAAUGCGCUACGGGUGUACUACCAUCAGGGUGAGUGCGUGACGCUUAACAUGCGCGAUACCGGUGAUCGAGAUGAACAGUUGGAAGUGAUCGAGCGGCUACGUGCCGUGACGAAUGGGUGUGGUGCGCUUGAGCUUAGCCUGCGCCGGAAUCCGAUGGGACAGCUUGGGUUCCACGUGCAACCGGAUGGUGUUGUGACGCAGGUGGAGAUCUCGGGUCAAGCGUGGGCUGCCGGGUUACGGCAGGGAUAUCGUUUGGUGGAGAUAUGCAAGGUAGCUGUAGCGACGCUGUCGCACGAUCAGAUGGUCGAUCUACUGAAGACGUCUGCCCAGGUUACGGUUACGGUAAUCGAAUCGUUUGCUGAUUUUACACCGAGGCGUGGUUGUACCUUGCAGAACUGUCGCUUCAAUUCCAUCAACUAUGAAAGCGAGUACGACAAUAUGGUACUGGACGGUGGCGGUAGUAAUAAGAAUGGUACCAGCGGUCAAAGCGGUGGUGGAAACAAUAGCAGCAGCAGCAGCAGCAAGAAGGUCAUGCCUAGUGGACAAUUGCAAUCAUCCGCCAGCCACCGGCGUCGAUACGAGCGUAACUUUUCUCCACCACGAUCAAGCAACAGCUCGGGCUAUGGGACGGGAAGUAGUAGCCGAUCAUUUACGGCAGCUGUCGGAGCAACCGGCCAGCAAGUACCAGCAGCCGUUCAGCCCAACGGUGCUGACAUGGGCACACUAACGUCGUCUUCGAGUGGACACUCAUCGAACGAUGAGCGCUGGUACGACGUGCUUGAUCCGCCACAGGAAGCAUCCUCCAUAAUGGCGGGCCCACCAUCCGUAGCAUCCGAUCCGAGCGUUAACUACCACCAUCCGAAGUUAACGGCGUCGAGCAAUUCGCUACCUCUCGUGGGAUCCAGUCCGCGUCCGCUUUCGUUGCACAAUGACAGUGGACAGAUAUCGUCACCAUCACGCAGCAGUAACGGAGGUCAGGUAUCGGGCCAAUCGAUAGGACGAGAUAAUUCGGCCAAUAUUGCGAUGUUAAAACGACUCAUCAUUGCUGAUUCUCCGAACAGUGGUACGGAUGGUGGAGCGGUAGUUCUGCAGCAACAACAACAGCCAAAUCAUCCAGAACCGUUGUACAGCAGCUCGUUGAAGAAUCUUUCCAACCACCAUCUUCUGAUGACCGCUGGUGGUAAUCACACGGCGGACGAGGACGAUCUUUCGCGACAUAAUUCACCGCAGCUAAGACGUUCGGCAACCACGACCAACAUCUACGGUAUCAAUGGCAAGAAAGCGAACGGUGGUGCUGCAACCUGUUCCGGGAGUAGCGCUUCAAGCAGCCGCAAUAACAGUCCACGACCCAAUGGAACCGGUGAACCGGCAAAACUACGAAGUGGUGCUGCCUUGAAAGGUGGAGCCCAACAUCACCCGCAGCGGAACAGCGUCAACUACACGACCGGCAGCACACUGCAGGAGGAUCUGAUGAAGCUCAUCAACCCGGACUAUAUUGCAAACGAUGACAACUUUAACGCGGGCGGCAUGGAACGUAUGCAGAAGGGACAUCAUAAUAGCCACAGUCUCGGGAACAUUGCCAGCUUGGCCGGUGGGUUGAAACCGAUCCCGCAAAAGAGUUGCUCACGCGAGGGUGUCAAUCUGGGUGGUUCAAAUCAACAGCUUUCGGCCGCUAAUGGGAAUGGGCUUAAGCUGACCAAUGGAGGUGGAGGUACGAACAGUCCGAGCAAUGGUGGCGAGGAAGAAGUUAUCUUUACAACGGCCCGUCCAGCAACGGUCAUUUCGUCGACUACUUCGAACAGUUCCAGUCCGGCUAGCGAACUGCUCGGAAAGCAUCACAUGAAUGAGGAUCAUUUAAAGAUGUCCCCAAGCAGAAAACCGCAGCAGCAGCAUCAGUUCGUUAAUGGAGGCAUCCUGAAGAAUGGUGGAGGCAAAAUUCCCUUGCCAGACAUGAAGGAGAUGGAUUGGAGUAGUCUGGUGGAUACGGCAACCAAAGCAAUGACACAGUUAUCGGAAUCUGUGGCCAAACACCCAGGAAGCAACGUGUACUACGAUGACAUCAGCCAGGUGUUGAACGGAGUGCACAAUCAGCAUCAACUCCAGCAACAGCAGCAACAACAAACAGGUCACAAUGGCAGUAUGAACGGGGGCGGUCCAGUAGGAACAAUUGUGAACGGAGGCACGGGUGGUGGUUGUAGCAGUGUUAGCGGAACCGGCAGUAGCAUUGGAAGCGGACCGGAUCUAUCCUCCUCCACACCGAGCUCGGCCUCACCCGUAUCCACCGGGAGCAGUAACGCCGCACAGCAACAGGCCCUGAUGGCACUGCAGAGCAGUUCGAGUCUGCCAGAACUUCAGUGUCAGGUCACUCAGCUUUCCGAUCGAGUGUUGCGCGAACAACGUCGCCGCCGAUCGCUCGAGCAUGCCGUCCGACGGUUAACGGAAGAAAAUCGGCGCCUGCAAGAUGAAAGUCAGGCAGCUGUGCAGCAAUUGCGUCGUUUCACUGAGUGGUUUUUCCAGACGAUCGAUCGACAAUCGUAAUGGAUCGCAGUGUGAUAACAAAGCAAAACACCAACUCAACCCACACACACACACACACACACAUGUAUAAAUGUCGUGUCUUCCAAAGCGUGAUCAUCUUAUAAAGGAAGAGGAAAUGAGGAAGGAAAACAUUGACAUUCGUUUUUUUAUAAUUGACCAAAAAUUACAUGUACAUAUAAGCCAAGGUGCGCGCUUUUAGCGAGCAAACAAGUGUAACAUUUAGAUAUUAAAGAGCACACCUUACAACGUUACUUAGAGAGGACCAUUAGUGGUAGAUUGAGCACCAUUAUGCAAAAAAGUUAAACAUUCUUUACACAACACAGCACUCGAGUGAAACUUUUUGGUCUGCAGCCGAUUAUUGAUAUAUGGGUAUAUAAAGCCCUGUUUAUAGGUAGAUAUUUGUAAGCGAAGUUUGAAACGGUUUUGUUUUCUUCUGCGCAUACAACAGCAAACACCAAUUAUAUGCUAGACUGUAGUUAUCAUAUACAAAACCUCUUUACAUACAUAUGUACAUGCAACGAAGCAUACGGAAAUUGCACCAUAGAUCGCCAAGCGUGUUUUUUUUUCAUCAAUUGGCGUGGCGAUUUUCGAGGAUAUGGUGCACCACGCAUGCAAGCGAUAAGGACAAAUAAUAUGCCAAAAAUGCCUCUUCAUAUAGUACUGCUAUUACUACGAUUAUGCUAACGUUUUUGCAUCGCUAUGGUAUUUGUAUGAUUUAUAUGUUGUGUAUAGACAUUUCGACCUUAAUUUAUAAAGUUAUAUUUUCUCUCUCUCUUGAACGUUUGGUAUUAAAUCUGGGCAAGCACCAUGGAAAGAGUUUCGCGGCAAAGUAGAAGGAUGGUAGUUUAAUUCCUGUUCUGACAAAUAAGUAAAAAUGGUUUUUAUCAACCGAAUCAAACGUUUGUGCGCGGACCAGUGUUUACAUUACUUUAGUUACACCCUUUUUCGGUGCUGCAGGUAUGCAUGGUUAGGCACUUCUCUUGUGUACUGUUUGUUUAAGCUUUGUUCUCCGUAAAUGUAAACGUAUAAAAACAACAGUAAACAAACAUGUAAAAAGGUUUCUGUUAGUUAUGUGCACUGAGAAAUUAGUUGUGAUUUGCAUAUGCAACAAAAGAUAGAAUCAACUCUUCUAAUUUGUCAUUUCAACCUUGUUACUUUUGGCAUAAUUUCGCGAACAUAAAUCAGAAAACAAAAACGGAGCCACAUGAACAGUGUAAAGAGCAACCCCUUAGUAUCUCUUAAUUUAUCUGUAAUACUAUCACUAUACUCUUGUUAUAAUAACUAGCCCAUAAGCAAUGUGCGAAUCCAUGAAGCAAAAUGAAAUAAAAUGUUACAGAACUCUUGAAAAGCUGC